GCUCAAUUUGACUUCAACUUUCAGAUAAUUUAGUUUGUGAUGCUUCUUUUACAACAAUUUUAUAAUAAAACAUAAAAAUUAUCGACAACCAUGUUUAUCAACGAGAUCCAAGUCGAAGGUUUCAAAACAUUUGGACACCCAACAUCCCUCAAGUCAUUUUUUCCUGGAAUCAACGUCUUUGUUGGAUUAAACGGUUCCGGGAAAACUAGCAUCUUGGACGCCAUUGAAUUCGUGCUAGACGAAAACAGUGCAACCUUGAAGCCAAAACAAUUCGACGAAUUGAAUUGCCAUGACACGAGAAGAAAGAAUGACAAUUCUAUUAAAGUAGAAAUAUUUUUUGAUAAUUCUGAUAAUAAAUAUGACAAAUAUCCAAGUCAAUUUUCAAUCAAACGAUAUGUAACUCCUCUGAAGGAUUGUUAUUAUGUCAAUGGAACAAAACUAAGUAAAGAAAAAUUUAUAAAAGCAAUUCAAUCUUUGGAUAUUAAUCUAAGAAUGCUAAAGCAGGGUGAGGUGAAUGAAUUUGCAUCAUCAACUGAUCGGAACCGUUUGAAAUUACUAUUCCAAAUGAUUGAUUACGAAGAACUAGAAGAACUAGGAUCAGUAAAGUUGAAUAAACUAAUUGAAGUAAGGAAUGAUACGAUGGUGGAGGUUAUUAAAUGCUAUGAAAAGCUAGAAAAAGAGCACAACCUUUGUCAAGAGUUUCAAAAAAUCCUCAAGCAAAAGGAAUUUAUUAUCUAUCGAAUGGAAAAGAUGAAGAUGAUGGAGACGACGAAUAAGAUACAUCAUGUUGAGCAGAAAUCAGUGGAUGAGUCCAUGUAUCGAGGACGUAAAAUACUGAAAUAUAUUAAUUUAAACAGUGAGCUUGAUUUGUUACAAUGUCAGCUAGACACGUCGAAUAAUCAUCUCCAGUCACUCAAAGACACGGAAAAGGGAGUAGCAAAUCGGAUCAAGGAGUUGGAGACCCAGAAGAGUGAGUUGGAGAUAUCAAUAGUUUUAGGUCAAAAAAAUAAGGAAGACCGAGAGAAGGCUUUGGAAGAGAAGAAGAAGGCUUUGGAGAUGGUGGAGAAAGAUGUAGCAUCAGAGAAAGAGAGCAUGAAGUCAUUGAAAGCAGAGUUAUCUUCAGUUAAAGCUUACAUUGAAGAACUAGAAUUAAAGUAUGAAGUUGAGCUGUUGGAAUUGAAUCGCUUCGCCGCAAGGCUAUCAACAGGUGACACACCAGAGAGAGAAGAGGGGAGGGAAAGCUCACUUAAAAGGAGUAUCAGCAGUGUUCGGGAAGAAAUUGGCGAGAAAGAAGAGUAUCUGAAAAAUUAUCAGCAGCAAUACAAGGAAAAGAACGACAGGAUUAUUGAAUUAAGGAAUAAAAUAUCAUCAGUUUGUGCUAAGAUAGACCUAUUGAAAGCCUCAAGGCAAAAGUAUUCGGAAGAAUUAGAAACAUUACAGAAGAAGAUUAAAAUCUCAAUGAAUUUAGUGAGAGCUGUUGCAGCAAAGGUAGAAGAAGAAUCACAAAAAUUGGAGUCGAUUAAAAAUAUCUAUCAUCAAACCUAUAAAAAAUUAAAGUCAGCUAUCAAGUUUGAUGUUAUGUAUAAUAAAGAUGCUUUAGAAAAAGCAUUGGAAUCAUUCAAUAAUGAUAAUCCAACAGAGCAGAUUGAUGUGUCGACUUAUCAUGGGCUUGUUAUUGAUUGCUUUGAAUAUAAUCCAGAAUCUGAAUCUGUUAUUCUAGCUAUCGCAGCUCAAUAUUUAUUCCAUUUUGUGUUUGAACACGGGAAAGAUGCUAAUGCAGUUCUAAAAAAAUUGGAAGAUGGUUGUAAUGUUGGUGCUAUGUGUUUGGAUCUUUUAAAAGUCUCAGAUAAAAGUCUACCGAAAAAUUCUGAUGCUAUUCCACUUAUGACACAGAUCAAAUAUGAACCAACCUUUGAGAAGUUGGUGAAGUUUAUGUUUGGCAGAAUUUUGAUAUGCAGAGACGUUAAAAUAGCUUUGAAACUUUGUAAGAAAUUUGACAUCACUUGUGUUACAACGUCAGGUAAUGUAUUUUUUCCAAACGGUAUCUCGGAGGCAGGAACCUGGAAUGAGAAUGAACGGAAUCAAAUGAGUAUUUACAGAUUGGUGGCUAAUCAACAUCAACGUAUCAAGGAUAAGGAGGCUGAGAUAAAGAAGUUGAAUAAUCAAGAGUUGGAUUUUAAAGACGCCAUUUCGCAAGCUCUGGAGCAGAAGAAUUUACUAGAAUUGCAGAUUGAAGAGAAUGAGAAACAGAGGACAUUGCUUGAAGGUGAAUUGGAUAUGGUACAGAUUGAACUGUGUUCCAUCUCAGUUGAUGAUCAUAAACAUGAUAGAAUCGUCACUUCUGUAGGGACGUUAGCUAAGAAAAUUAAGGAAUUACAAUUAAAUUCAAUUAAUUAUGAUGAAGAAAUGACGGAUGAAGAGUAUCAGAGGUAUCAAGAGUUAAAGACUUCAACGGAACACUUGUUAGCAUUGUGUCGAGAAGAAGAGAAGAAAGCUGCUGAAUUGGAUAGAAAGAUUGCUCACAAGCUUACUGUAUUCCAAGAGACUUAUUUAAAAAUAAAAAGUGAUUUGCAGAAGGACAUACAGACAUUAAUACUCGCUAAUGAAAUGGAAUCAAAUCAGAUCAAAUGUGAUGCUGCAGAUUUAGAGUCAAAGAUGAAGAUGUUGACGAAAGAGAAUCUAAAGCUACAGAAACUUCAGCCGAAGAUAAAGCAACUUGAAAAAGAUAUAGCAGAAAAGGUGGUGAGUAAGGAGAACAUGAGCAAGAGAGCUGAAACGUUGAAGCUGAAGAUAGAUAUCAGUAAUAUGGAGAUUGAUCACUUGACAGCUGAAACAGAAGAAUUGCAGAAAAUCAUUGAAGAAGCUAAACAGAAGAUACGUGAUAUUCCUAUCGAAGUUGAUAAAGAUCUUGAUCCUGAGUUGAAGGAAAUUGAAAAAUCAACGAUGAAGCAAUUGGUAGCUCUUCAACAAAAAGUCAAUGAUCAAAUGAGAAGAUUGUCAUACAGCAUGAAUGACAUUGCUUCGGAAAUGUUUCUUAGGAUGCAGGAAGAGGUUACAAAGGUCAAGGGAAAGAUAAAACAAUUCGAAGAUAAUCAAAGUCAAGUUAAUAGACUGAAAGAAAAAUAUAAAUUUGUGAUGCAGAGAAAAAUUUAUUCCCAAUUGUUAGAAAUUAAUGAAGGGUUUAGGUAUUAUGUUAAUAAAUUCAUGCCUCAAGCGAGUGCAGAACUAAUGUUGAUGACUGACGAUCAAGACUACACUGUUGAAGAGGCUCAGAAUGCUGUGGUGUUGAAGGAUCUUGAUGGAGUCAGCAUCAGGUUCGCUGAAUUCGAAAAUGGUCCAAUUCAGGAAUUGGAUAAAUUAUCAGGUGGACAGAAAACUGUCUUGUCAUUAGCUUUGUUUCUUGCUGUUAAAAGUUGUCAUAAAAUAUCGAUCCUGUUGUGUGAUGAAAUAGAUCAAGCUCUUGACUGCAUCAAUCGACAGACUCUGCUUGAAAUCUUUCAAGAAAUGACUGAUGGAGGACAGAUAUUUCUCAUCACUUUCCGGCCUGAAUUAGUUGAUGCUGGAGAUCAUUUAUAUAAGGUUGAAAAGUCACACAAGACUUCAGUGAUAGAAGAUAUUAAUAGGCAGCAGGCUUUAGAUUUCCUCGUUAAAGCAAAACGAGGAUAA